CAAAUGGAGAAAGAGAAAGAAAGGGAGAAAGACAAUGAGAAUCAGAGAGAGAUGGAAUUAAAAGAUAAGCAACAGAAAGAGAUGGAGAAAGAAAAGAUGAUUAUGAGAGAGAGGGAGGAAGCAGGAAGAAGAAAGGAGGGACAGAAAAAUAUUUUGGGGGAAAUUGAGAGACAGAAUGAACUGGAGAUAGAACAUGAGAGAGAGAUGGAAGAAAAGCAUGAAGUGAUUAAGGAAGCAGAGGAAGAGUACAGGGAAAGAGAAGAGAGAGGAAAGGAAGUAAGCAUGAAGAAACAUGUAGUAGUUAAUGUUAAAGCAAAAGCACAGGAAGUCUUCAAUAGACGUAAAGAGAGAAGGUUAGAAGUGUUGAAGGGGGAACGAGAACACAUAGAAAGAGGACAACAAAUCAGGAGGGAGAAGGAGGAAAGACGGCUGGAGAUGGAAAGAAAACAGGAGAGGGCAAGACAACAAGAGGAGCAGGAUAAAAAACGAGACAUUGAAAUUGCUAGACAGAAAGAAAUGUUCAGACUAAGAGAGGAGGAGAGGCAGAGAGAGGAAGAGAGAGAGGAGGAGAGAAAGAGAGCCAUUGAAGGCCAUUUAUCUUUAAUGAGAGAGAGAGAGAUAAUAGAGGCAAACAGAAGAGAGGAGAUGGUGGAAGAGGAAAGAAGGGAGAUCUUUGAAAAGCACAAGAGGGGUGACUUAGAGGAGGAGGAGAAGGAAGAAGACAAGGAGGACAUUCUCCCACCUGAUAAAAGUAUCCGAAGGAGAGCUGUGGGCUGGGUAAAUAAGAAGUGGGAGGAGAGGAACCUCAAGAAGAUCGAGAGAACCUAUCAGAGAGAAGCUGAGGAGGGCUAUAAGAUCGUCCACAUAGCCAUCCCUGGACACACAAGGCUAACAGCCACCAUGACACGGGCAGAGAGAGAGAGGGAGAAGAGGAAGGAGCUGCUGAAGGCUGAGAAGAGAAGGAAGAAGAUGGAGGAUUUUAAUAAGCAGUGGAGAGAGCAGUCCCUGCUUAAAAAACAAACUCAUCAGAAACUGAUGGAGGAGAGGGGGAAGAUGAAGGGACAUUACCUGGAGCAGAUGAAUCUGGAGGCUGAUGCUCAAAUCCACACCCGGUGUCUAACCACCCAACACAGCCACGAUUAUCUGGAGACAACACAGCCCACUGGAUCUGGAGAUGGCCACCAGGAAAGGCCAAGGAGGCAACAGGCAUGGGCAGAGAACCAGGAGGGAAGUUCAGAGAACCAGCAGGAGUGGCCAGAGAACCAACAGGGGGUGCCAGACAGCCAGCAGCUAGAAGCUCCAGAAGAGGCUGAAACAUCAGAGCUAACCUCCAAGAACAAGAAAAGGCCAGGCAUCUGGAAGAGAAUUAAGAUGGGCAUUCCUGACCUGCUGUCUGCCUAGAGCUGGAACUCGAAGAAGCCACAGUUCCACUGGGGUUACCUUGGUCAUUAAAAGUGUCGCCCAAUAAUUCCUCCUCCUCUUUAAGUCAUCAAGCUACAUUUCCUCCACAAAACAUUAUCGUCUCCUCAAGCCAGCAAGUAUACUAUUUGUCAGGCAACAAACCCUCGAAGGUCAGUGACCCUCCUCCCCAGAGCAGAGGUUCUCAUCUUUAUCCUAAUUAAAUUCAUCUCUGCUCACCACCUCUAUUGUCCUAGAAAAUAUCCCCAAAUGGACAUGGUUUAAACAGAAGUCCUCCCCUCAGACCAGUGGCUCCAAGAACCAGAGUUUCUCAUCUUUACUCAAGUUGAACGCAACUCUGAUCAU